AUGUACAGGGACGCGUUGCUUGGACGAGAGGCUGUUGCAUUGGGACUUGACGAUACCCUUCUCGCACUUCGCAGCAACGAAGCUAAGUACCUGAAGGUGCAGGAACAGCUCCAGAAAGACAUGUUGAAAGUGGAGAUAUUUUUCCGAUCCCUCAAUAUCCAAGUCAUCCAGGAACAACCGAAAUACGAUUUGAACGGAUUGGUGAGUAGCCUGGGAGGGGUGUUCGGAAUCUACUUGGGAAUGUGUGCAGUGAUGUUCAUCGAGGUCGUGGAAUUCCUCGCCCUUCUCCUUUGCGACAUCGCCUUGCACUACCUUGGAAGGGGACCGCGAGACGGGGAGGAACAGGAAGAGAACGGACGACGACCGAGAAGCAAGCAGAGGGAUGCGGGGAAGCGACGCGCUGUUUCCGUUUCUCCCAUGUCUGAUUCCGUGAAUAGGAUGGCAUCGCUCUAUCCCGUUGCUCCCACUCUUCCGUUGCCGGUUUAUUAUAGCGAUACUGAGUUCUCGAGAAUUGAGAAAUGA